CACUUUGUGGUUUUUGCUCUUUUUUGUCACAACUGAUUCUACAAUCUCCGAAGGAAAGAAGGAACGGAAACUCAAGGUGUGCUACUUGGGGCCCAUUUGGAAGGACAUGAGCUUACUGCGUCAAAUAGUCCCAUCUCUAAUCUUCAAAUCCUUGAAAUCUCCUUGGCAACUAUGUUGUUUCAAUCCUCGUUCAGAGCCAUCUCACUUGAUUCAUACAGUAACAAAACCAAUAGCUCCAAAUAAUGUUGUCAAAGCCAUAUGCAAUGCGUUCAGAAGCGGAUGGACUUGGGAUACCCUCUCUAGGGAAUUCCAUCACAUCGAGUUCAAUGAACAACUCAUCGAGAAAAUACUCUUGGAAUUAAAGCAACCUAUUGAUGCAAAAUGGGCUCUAGGUUUCUUCCACUGGGCAGCACACAGAGUAAAUUUCCAACAUUGCCUUCGGUCUUACUGCUUAGCCAUUCACAUCUUGGUCCGAGCUCGGCUGAACUUGGAUGCUAGAGCUUUGAUCGAAACGGUUUUGAAGAAAAAUGCAGGGGAUUCUUCCAAGUUCUUGGUGGUUGAUUCACUACUAAGUUGUUACAAGAUUACUGAUUCAACCCCAUUUGUGUUUGAUCUGCUUGUGCAGUCUUAUUCCAGGUUGAGAAUGUUUGACUCUGGUUUUGACGUUUGUUGCUAUUUGGAAGAACAUGGGUUUUCAUUGAACCUGGUGAGUUUCAACACUUUUAUACACGUUGUUGAGAAAUCUGAUGAGAACACUAUGGUUUGGAGGAUCUAUGAGCAUAUGAUUUGGAGGAGAAUUUACCCAAAUCAAUCGACGAUUAGAACAUUGAUUAGCUCUUUGUGUAAAGAAGGGAAGUUGCAAAAAUAUGUUGAAAUGUUGGAUAGGAUUCAUGGGAGAAGAUGCUCUCCUUCUGUGAUUGUGAACACCAGUUUGGUUUUCAAGAUUUUUGAGGAAGGAAGAGUUGAGGAAGGUGUUGUGUUGUUGAAAAGAAUGUUGCAAAGGAAUAUGUUGUUUGACACAAUUGCUUACUCUUUGAUUGUUUAUGCUAAACUAAAGCUUGGAAAUAUAGUUUCUGCACAGGAUGUGUACGAGGAAAUGCUCAAAAGAGGCUUUCGAGCGAACCCUUUUGUUUAUACAUUGUUUAUAAGAGCAUACUGCAAAGAGGGAAGAAUCGACGAAACGCAUUGCAUGAUGAAAGAUAUGGAAGACAUGGGUUUGAAACCAUAUGAGGAGACUUACAACUCUCUUGUUGAGUGUUAUGCCAAAGCCGGAAGAUUGGAAGAAAGCUUAAGGAAUUGUGAGGUAAUGAUGGAGAAGGGCUUCGUUCCUAGUUGUGCAGCUUUCAAUGAGAUGGUUCACAAGCUUUGUGAGAAUGGAGAAGCGGAAAAAGCAAAUGCGAUGCUAACUCGAUUGUUAGAGAAAGGGUUCUCACCGAAUGACAUCACAUAUGCUAGUCUCAUUGUUGGCUAUGAGAAGAAAGGCGAUGUGGAAGAAGUUCUUAAGCUCUUUUAUGAAAUGGUGAGCAAGUCAAUAUCUCCUGGAUCAUUGGUUUUUACAACGUUGAUUAAGAGCCUUUGUCGAUCUGGAAAAUUGGAGCAAGCAGAGAAGUAUCUUAGAAUUAUGAAAGAUCGUAAAAUUGUAUUGCUUCAAAGUGUUUCUACAAAAGGAAGUUCUUAACAACCAUGUUAACCUUUCAUUGUAUCAGUCAUAAACUCUCCAUACUUCUAGGCAAAAACAGAGAGCAGCAACUGCACAAGGAGAGUAGAGAAGACAGUUUUUAUAGAGAGGAUAUACACCACGCCAAAAAAGAGUACUCGGUUGAAACUAUGGCAAUCAUUUAGGUUGAAUAUAGUAAGGGCUCCGUCUUCUUGGAGAACUUUCACUUUCCUUCAUUUCCCUUUUCCUGAUUUCACUUUCUCUUAGACCUUUCUUUUGGAUCCAAAGAUUCCACAACUUCCUUCACUGCAUAAAGGGCCAUCUUUUUCACCUCCAAGUUGGCCUUCUUAGCCCUGUGACUGGAAGGGAGAGUUCGGAAUUCUUCCUGUCAACUGAACGCACUCAUCAACAAUUUCGGGUGAGACAAAGUCGAGUGCGACUUUUAUGCAGGACUUCAAGUUUCUAACUUGAUGAGACAGCCAGCAGGUAUGAAGACAGCAUCUCCACGUUUUUGGACAAAGGUCCAUGGUUCAAUCCAAUAUCCCUCCUUAAGCUUCCUUUUGUGCUCCAUAGUCAAAUACAUGGUCUGAUCAUGACUGGGGUGAAUAACCUGUUGUACUGGACAACAGUCAGUGUGGCUAAAAUUCUCUGAAAUGCUUUUUUCAGAUACUCCUGCAGCUUGGGAACAUCCUCUCUCCGUAAAAUGUCCUACAGAGCCCCACCCUCAGCUUCUUCCAUGCUUUCCAAUGUAAUGUAUUUCCAGAAUUUAGUAACUGAUCAAUAUUACCACCACUUUCAUCUUUACCUAAUUUUUUCCUCCUGACUCAAGAAAGUUUAACUGUGAAAAUUCUUUAUCCUUCCACUCACACUAGCAAAAAAUUUCUCUUUGGUCUUG